AUGUCAGAUUCAGGAAGAGAAGACGAUCUUUUCGGUGAUUCCGAUAAUGACGGACAAGCCCAAGUAGCUUCUCGCCAACCGUCGCCUGUAGCUUCAAGUUCCAAAUCACCUGCUCAAGCUCAAGCUCAAGAUCAAGCUCAAUCACCCGUUGUGGACGAGGAUCGAGCUGGUGAUCUGUUCGGUGAUGAUGACGAAGAAGAUGAAAGAGCUAAAAGAGGAAGGACCUCGACUGGUACACCCGCUUCACGUCGAUCAGGCUCUCGGACCAGAUCCAGAUCCAGAUCUAGAUCAGGUUCAGCGAAUCCAUUAGAAUAUGAAGAAGAAGAUGUCGGAGAAGAAAAAAUAGAUGAAAGAUGGGCAACAUUACCUAUUCCACAAUGGAAUAAAAUGAAAGCUACAGAUGAUAAAGUUUGGCAUAUGAAAUUACCUGCAUACGUAAAUGUCGAUUCAAGCCCAUAUGAACCUGAUUUAUAUAGAGAAAAUUUGAAUGGAGAAGAAACUAUAGAUGGGUCAAUAAAUCCAAUUGCCGCUAAAUCAAGAAUGAUCGGUGUGAGGAAUACUAUUAGGUGGAAAUGGGUUACAGGAGGUGAUGGUGAACCUAUGCGACAAAGUAACGCUCGUAUGCUUCGGUGGUCAGAUGGUUCAGUUUCACUUCAAUUAGGUUCAGAUCUGUUUGAUGUUGCACCUUCACACGGAGCGACUUUGGCUCGUCCACAAGACCCCAAACCGCCUAUUCCGGCCGGUAAAUCUACGGAAGAAAUUAUCAAUACCGUAUCAUCAACCACCUUCUUAGCUGUUACAGCACCUAAUGAAACUGUUUUGGUGACGGAAAGAUCAAUAGCGGGACAAUUAUCAUUGUUACCCACAUCUAUGGAUUCGAAAACACAUUUGGAGUUGGUCAAACAUGUCGGACAACAACAUGUCAAACAUUCAAGGAUGAAAAUGUUGGAGGAGACCGCAGACGAGGAAACGUUACAAAAGCUGUUACUGAAAUCAGCACCUAACAUUGAUCUAAUUAAAAGUCAUAAACCAAUAUCAUCAACAGUCAGAAAGUCAACCGCCGGUAACAGCAACAGAUUAGGUAGAACCUCAAGUGGUGGAGUCAAUAAGAGAAAGUUCAACAAGAAGUCAUAUUAUUCGGAUACAGAAGAUGAAGAAGGUUCAGAUGUAUCAAAUGAUAAACCUAGAUCAUCAAGGAGGACGGCAAAUGAUUCAUUAGCUGGUUUAGGUGCAGGUGGAGAUUACGAUGAAGAUGAUGGAUUCGUAGUUGCUGAUUCUGACGAAGAAGAUGAUUAUGGUAAAUCGUCUUCAAAGAAAAGGAAAAACAAAAACAAAAAGAGAAAGGGCAAAAGCUACAGUGAUGAUGAAGAUGACGAGGAUGCCGUUGAGGAAGAAGAAACUGAUUUAGAUGAGAUGGAAAGGGCUGAGAGAAGAAUUGAAGAGAAAGAAAGGCAGAGGAAAAAAGCAAAGAUUUCUACAACAGGUGGAUCAAAAAAGAAAUCAAGAGAUUACGUGGACACUGAUGAGGAAGAGGAAGAACAAGCUGCACCUGCCGCAGGAGGCCAGGAUCAAGAUGCUGAAGGUGAAGAAGAUGUUGAUAUGGAUAUGGACGUUGAAAGUGAAGAGGAUUAG